AUGCUUCAAUCGGUUCUUAAACCAGACUCCACUGCAGCUGAUAUAUGGCAGACUAUUCAAGAUCUUUUUCACGAAAAUAAAGAGACCAAGAUCAUCGAACUUGAUGAUGAACUGCGUCAUCUCUCCAUCGGUAACCAAUCAAUCCUUGAAUAUUGCUCUAAAGUGAAAUCAAUUUCGGAUCUGCUCACCAAUCUUGGAUCACCUGUUGAUGAGACAAAUCUAGUUAUAUACACAAUUAAUGGCUUGUCAUCUAAAUAUGCCCAUAUUGCCCUUACUAUCCACGACACAUCUCCCUUCCCCACGUUUCUCCAAAUGAAAUCGAAGCUUACUUUGGAAGAACGCAUCAUGAAAAAAAAACAAUCUCAGUCACUUAAUCCUCUCAUUCAAGACAGCCCUUCCUCCUCGACUAUUCUUCACAAUGUGCACCAGUCACAUCCCCCAAAACCGUGA